CGGCACAUUCCAAAAUCCUCGUCAGCGCGGUGCGGAACCGGCCUGAACGUCCCCCGGACCUGCUUCCCCUGCCGACUCACAUUCCUACUCCCUAACCCUACUUCGGCCCUUUAGUUAAGGGGCACGUUCCAGAGCUAUGGGAUCGUCGAUCCGAUGCGGCGGUAUUUCUCUGACAUUUCCCACCCUCCCUCGGUUAUGUGCCGCCAGCAUUUUCUUUGAGACGGGAUGGUUUGUUAAUGACAAGCUCAACUCCCUCUUGCCACUCCUUUGUCCUCUUGAUCCUCAGUUCUGUGUAUUCGUCCCACGCUCGUUUCAGUUCGCCCAUUGUGGCAUCGCACUCGUUUCCAUCCCGCCGGUGUCGUCGUCGUUGCAAGCCCUCGCGCUCAUUACUUCAUCCUUACAAAUCCCGUCCUCAACUGUGGCAUUGUUGUCUUGCCACGUGCCUAUCCUGCGCAUCCUCAGUCAGGAUAUCUUGAUAUAUACAGCGAACAGAGGCCCGUCUUCUAGAGUCUGCUCGCCUCUUCCCCUCCUGCCAACCAACCCAACGGUGUCUCGAAACCCGAAGCUAUCAGUAUCUUUCAAAUGGACACCAUGGGCAUGUGUUGCGACGUCAAGAAACUCUACUCUUCCGUGCAGGAUAUGGUCGGCCUCCGGCGCAAAGAGGCCGUCAAGCGCCCGUUGCAAAUCGUCCGUCCUCAACCCCAUCACGUGUUACUUCCCGCUUGAAGCAAGCACCAGUCUAACCCCCAAUUCACACACCAGUCGGAACCGUACAAUUUCAAAAAAGUGACUACCAUCCUGCCCGGCUUCACAGAGGACGAACUCGCCGUCCUCCGCGAAAAAGCAGCCGCUUCCCGCCUCGGAGUCGCCUCCUACCACCACCACCAGCACCACCAUCACCACCAGCGGGACAGAGACAGCAGCGCCGCCAGCCUCCUCCCGCUCUCCCCGCCAUCAUGCUCCUCUU